CGUCCCUCCCCCACUCCCAAAGUACACAUCCAUUUCAGUUUGUUUGUUUAGCUCUCUCGUUCGCUUUCCCUCUCCUUCUCGCACCCUCUCCCUCGUUCCCUCACUUCUCUCUUUCUCGCUCUCUCACUCUUUAGGGCGACGCGCCUCUGUUCUCUAUUCUCAGUCCUCAUCCCGACCUUCUACGAGUCGCAUCGUCUUUCAAAGAUUCAAAUAUGUUAUAAAAUGGACAUGUUGGGAAGAAGCACAGUCGAAGAUCUUAAGGAAAGGGAGAGCCUGCCCUUCGCGCAUCUUCCUUACAGCCCUUACCCGGCCUACCUACAAGCCAGGCUUAUACCUUACCUGCAACAGAUCUACCUGGAAGCCGCACAGAAGCAGACUGAACGAGACACAAGCCAUUUUAUAUAUCCGAGGUUUGAAAAACCUCCAUACUCGUAUAUCGCCCUCAUAGCGAUGGCUAUAUCAUCAUCACCCGAAAAAAGACUGACACUGAGUGGAAUUUAUCAGUACAUAAUUGAAAGAUUCCCUUACUACAGGGAAAAUAGGCAAGGAUGGCAAAAUUCAAUUAGGCACAACCUUUCGCUAAAUGACUGUUUUAUUAAAGUGCCAAGGGAAAGAGGGGAGGGUGGAGGAAAAGGAAGCUACUGGAUGUUAGACCCGAUCGCAGCUGCCAAUAUGUUUGAAAGGGGGAACUACAGAAGGAGGAAAACUAGGAAAUCUAGAGAAAUGCCCCAUAUUGGCUUUGACAAGAGCUUGGGUCUGCACAAGGUUGAUCAACGCCACCAGUUAAACAGGGCGAGUGUCAUCACGACGGCGACAAAGCCAAAUAUUAUAACAAUAGAAAUUAGCACGGACCCGGACAACACAGUCACGCUGUCAUCAAAGCAGGAUUUGAAAACGACUGAAGUCAAACCGUCUCUUUUCACAAUAGAAAAUCUAAUAAAACAAGAGACGCAAACACAAAGUGACAAUUGAAAAAGAGAAAAUAAUUGAGAAACUUAGUCAAUGUUUAUGAUUUUUUUUGUUAUAAGAUUAGUUUGUACAUAUUUUUUUUAAUUUUUCAUGUUUUAAGUUUUUUUGUAAAUAAAGAAAUGAGGAAAACAUACUGUACAUAUGUAUUUACAUAGUCAAUCUAUCCGAUGAGACAAUUUAAAUAUAAAUAUUUAUAAAAUCCUACCUCAUUUAUUUCAUUUUUAA